AUGGAAGAAGCCAACCAAACAUUUCCAGAAAGGUUCAUCCUCCUUGGAUUAUCCAAUGUACUGUAUCUCCAGGCAAUCUUUUUCAUUGUGUUCCUUGUGAUGUACAUAAUCACAUUGUCAGUAAACCUGCUACUGAUCAUUGUGGUGAGUAUCAACCCAAGGCUACAUACCCCUAUGUACUUUUUCUUGAUUAACCUCUCCAUUAUUGACAUCUGUUUCCCAUCCACCACUGUUCCAAAGAUUCUCGUAAACACUCUGGUCAAGGACCGAAGUAUCUCCUUGUUGGGAUGUGCAGGGCAGAUGUUCUUUCAUUUAGCUUUAGGAUCAACAGAAUGUCUAAUUCUUGCCAUCAUGGCGUACGACCGGUUUGCUGCCAUCUGUAGACCAUUGCACUACAAGACCAUCAUGAACAAAAUGUUGUGUGUCAGUUUAACAGCUGGUGCAUGGAGUAUUAGCUUCCUUAACUCUGCCCUCCAAGUUGUCCUCACCUUCCAACUCCCCUACUGCAACUCACGCCAUGUCAACCACUUCUUCUGUGAGGUGCCACCUUUCCUUCAAAUGGCCUGCGGAGAUACUUUGUUGAACACCAUAGCCAUGUAUAUUGCAGCAGGGGCCGUUGCUAUGAGUUCCUUCUUCUUGACUCUAAUCUCGUAUGUCUACAUAAUUUCCAACAUCUUGAAGAUCAGUUCCUCCCAAGGAAGACUCAAAACUUUCUCUACAUGUGGUUCCCACCUGACCGUAGUGACUCUCUACUACGGAACCAUCAUGUCUAUGUAUCUGACACCACACUCUAAUCACUCUCCUGAAAUAGACAAAACUGUUUCCAUUCUCUAUACAGCAGUGACACCUAUGCUGAACCCCAUAGUAUACAGUAUAAGGAAUAAAGAUGUCAUAAACACUGUUAAAUACACAAUGCAUAAAAUUCUCUAAAAUAA